CCUGUAUGGAAGUGGCCUGUAGAACGGCCCUCGGUGGUCUUCGCUUCCCACCCACGUGCGCGUGGAAAGCCCGCGGAGGAAGGAGUGGGCUCCGGCGCUUCGCGUGGUGAAGGAUCGGCUUUACAGAAUUGACGGAGGGAUCACUUUGCUCCUGGUAUCGUCAUUCUACCAAUGGCCAAAGGCACAGAAGAAACAGAAAGGCUACUGAAGAGAAUCCAGGAGCUGGAAGAGACAGUGCAAAGGCUAGAAGGCAGGCUCUUGGAAAACAGAAAAGGCCCAGGCGAGGGGAAUGGCGUCCCAGCAUCAGGAAAGGGGAAGAAACGUCCACAGCGGCCGUUCAAUUUCAGUGCGUAUGGCCAGAGGCAUGUGGCACUCAAGAUUGCCUACCUAGGGUGGGAAUAUCAGGGCUUUGCCAGCCAGGAGAACACCAACAAUACAAUAGAAGAGAAACUGUUUGAAGCUCUGGGAAAAACUCGGUUGGUAGUCAACAGACAGACUUCUAACUAUCAUCGCUGUGGACGUACAGACAAGGGAGUCAGUGCAUUUGGACAAGUGAUCUCUUUGGAUCUCCGGUCAAACCUUUCAGACAAUAAAUCUGGGGUUGUCACAGAAGGUAAAAGUCAUAUUUCAGAGGAGAUCCGCUACACCCAUAUUUUGAAUCAGGUACUUCCUCCUGACAUAAGAGUAUUGGCAUGGGCCCCUGUAGAUCCUAGCUUCAGUGCUAGAUUUAGUUGCCUGAAGAGGACCUAUCGCUAUUUUUUCCCUCAUGCUGAUCUGGAUGUCGCUCUUAUGAAUACAGCAGCUCAAAGAUUUAUAGGGACCCAUGAUUUUCGUAAUCUCUGCAAAAUGGACGUAGCCAAUGGUGUGACCAACUUUCAGAGGACAAUCCUGACUGCAGAAGUGAAGCUUGCAGAUCAAGAAAGGAAAGUGGAAGAACUAAACCCUUUCCAACUGUAUGCAUUUGAAGUAACAGGCCAAGCAUUCCUCUAUCACCAAGUCCGCUGCAUGAUGGCCAUUCUCUUCUUGAUUGGACAAAGGAUGGAAAAGCCAGAGAUUAUUGAUGAACUGUUUGAUAUAGAAACCAAUCCUAGGAAACCACAAUACAGCAUGGCAGUGGAAUUUCCUCUAGUUUUAUAUGAUUGUGAGUUUGAAAACAUCCAGUGGAACUAUGAUCAUCAAGUCCAGGAAUUUAAUGUUACACGCUUUCAGCAGCUUUGGACAAACCACGCCAUUAAAAGUCAGGUGCUUUACAGCAUGUUAUGGGGCCUGGAUUUUGCAAAGAUACCUACAGAGCCAGCUUCAAGCAACAGCACAACAAUACUCUGGAGAGAGGUAUCGCCACCAGUCCACAACCAUAUUAGUGCUUUAAUCGAGGGAGUGAAAGCCCGCAAUUACAAACCAUUAAUGGAUCGGCCCAAAUGUGAAGGUCUAGAAUCUCGUAUCAGUCAUUUUGUGCGCAGAGGACGCAUUGAACAACCAAAUUUGAAAAAAACAAAGCAUUCUGAAAGGGAAUUGGAUGAGCAAAUGGAAACUAAAAGCAGCCCGGUGGAUUCUAUUCAAUUGGACAAGGAAAUUCCAGAACAAACUGCAAAAAGGAUAUGUAUUAGUACAGAUUGAAGUUUCUCGAUGCCAACUGCUAUCUCCAAACAAAUUAUAUUGAAAUUAUCUAUUAGACAUUUAAAGUUACAAUGAUAAUAGUUAGAUUACAUAGACUUACACACAUUUCCGUUUAACCUUCAAAAAAAAUAAAUACUUCAUUAUAUAACUCUGAUGGGAAGAUAUUCAAUUAUUUAAAAAAACCUGAAGUAGAUCCUAAUAUUGGUUCUGCAAUUUUGUUUACAGCUGCAUACGGAAAGUAUCCAAUGCUUAAACAGUUGUAAAUAAUGAUUAUAACAAUUAUAUUUGCCAAAGCAGUAAUUCAGGGAAUAUGGGGGAGCUAGAUAAGUAGGUAAAAUUUCCAAGGGAAUUGUAUUUUAAUAGUUCAGUUUUCUCCAGAAAAUACCAUAGCUAGUUAUGCAACUUUUUCAGUCCUUUACAUUUAUCUCAUAUUUUAAAAAAGCUAUUUUCUGAUCUACUUUAAACAUUUGGUACAUUCAUGAGAAUCAGUCUGGCAUAGAAGGUAUCGGGUUAGAAAUCAGGAGAUUACGAGUUCUAGUUCUUUUUUUGGGCACAAAGCCAACUGGGUAAGUCUUUUUAUCUCAGUCCUAGGAAGGACACAGUGGUAAACUAUUUUUGAAAAACCUUGCUAAAACAGCAGGCUUUGUCCCAGCGUCUCCAAGAAUCAAACAUUAUUAAACAAAAGAAAAUACAUUGUGUGGAAACUCUGGAUAUGAUUACAUUGUCUCCCAUGAAGAUCCUGAGGAUGCCUUCCCUAGAAAUCACAUAUACACUUUAUCAACAGCAUGAUGUAAUCUAAACAAAUUAAGUCCAGUGGGAGCUUUAGUAGAUCACCUGGUUGUCUCAGCUUUACAGAAUGCCAUAUGAAAUAUUAAAAUAUUCACCUGUUUUAAUGUACAACAAUCAAUCAGUGGACAAUGACAUAAAAAGGCAUCUACUAAAUCCUCAAAACAUAAGCUUAGUUCAUACAUUUUGCUAAGUCAGGAUAUGGUUUCUUCUUAGUGGAACAAGUGAAUUCAUUCAUUGUGGAUUGCGAAUUAUGGAAUACAGAGUAGUGCAGGCUCAAUAUGGUACUUAUCCAGUGGUGGGUUUCAAAGAGGUUUACCACCGGUUCAUUGGGCUUGGUUUGAUGGGCACACUUUGCACACGCACAGGGGCUUUCCUACUCGCCUCCUGCAAACCCUGUAUCUUCAACAGCUGACGCGUGGCAAUCUGUGCCGCGCAAAGCAGCUGCGCUUCAAAAGCAGGGAAUAAAGGUCAGUAUGGGAGCCAGAGCAGGCGGGUGGACCCAACAGCAGCUCGUCAUAAUCGGUUUGGUCUCAGCUGAUCUUUGGUGCUACUUGUACGCCAGAAUAGGGCUGAACUGGUAGAAUAGCGUUACUGUGCUUAUCGCAUCUGUAACCAGUUUCUAUGGCUAUACAAUAAUAACAGACUGAAAAAGUUUCCUUUAGAGAUUGUACAAAAUUUAGUUAAAAAUAACCACAGGGAGGGCACAUGCAGCUUAUCGGGAGUGAUCACAUUUACAAUAGCUGGAGUAUUAAAAGGUUGGUUAUGAACUAGGCUGACUUGGGUUGUUCACCGAAGUAGUUAAAUAAAUGGGGAGUUAAUGUAAUUUAUAAACCUAGCCCCAUCAGACAGGUUUUACAUGGGUGAUUAGGCUCAAUAACUAAUUUUCCUAAUACACCCCUGCACCAUUACUUAGUUACACUCACUCAUUCAACACUCAAAAGUGGCUUCUGGUUUCGUGGCUUAGCAUAAUGUGUAAAAUAAUUAUUGUACCCUGAUUUAGCAUUUACAUUUUUACCCAAGCAAGUCAAUAAUGGGUUAUUUAAUAAAUCAAAGUAAACCAUGAUUUAGUGUGUCUAUGACAGGGUGGAUAAAAAUUGAUGGUUUUAAAAAAAUAAAAAAUCAU